GAACUCAGUCGCUCUCCGUCCAUAGUAACGAAUGUAUUUGUAUCCUCUGUGUAAAAAUGUCGAAGAAUCGUUACCGUAUUCUUUUUAUGUGUAUAACAAUAUUAAGAACGGUGUCCGCGUUCUAUUACACAAACAUGGAUUGCGGUCCAUACGGGUUUGUCUGCGAGAGCGCGUCUAAAUUAAAAUUGUGUGACGGUCGAAAUUUAUUCGGACCAGGCUUCAUCUGUCCAGCGAACACGAUAUGUAACGAGGAAUCUAGCGAUGUUUGUGAGGACACUAUGAAUUAUGUGGAUUCGCCUUUAACACGAACAAUUCGAUGCCAUCGAAGCGAAAGAAUCGCUGAUCCCAGCGUACCGGACUGCAAGGGAUACAUCCUUUGUAUUCCAAACAAAAAUCGCUUCCAGGGGAUAAAGUUUAAAUGUUCUGGUAACACCGUUUUCAGUGGAUACACUCGUACGUGUACUACAGCUGACAGAUACAAAUGUCCACUUCACAGUACGACGAAGACGCCACCCCAGAUUUAUAACAAUGGGAUCCGGGAGGGUGCAACCAGUGUCGGUUCUAACGGACAAACGCAAGUGAACGGUCACAGGGCAAUUGAUUGUAAAAGUUAUAAAUUCACGCUUACACAAGACACUCACCCGGUGAAAGCUACUUAUUUUUGCCCUUCGAGACCCGUGAACGGAGAAUCGUCCAUAAGAUGUACAGUUUUCUCAAACCAUUUCUGCAUCACAUUGGAAAGAGAUCACGAAGACCAAUUCAUUGAGAACGCCGGAGUAGCGUAUCGGAAACCUCGUACAUACAUUUAACAAGAAAAUAUUGUGUAACUUAUUUCUCCAAGACUGAAUAAA